AGCGUCGAAAGUGGACAGACACUAUGACCUCCGUCGUGGAGGUGCUUGGGGUGGGUGCUGGUGUAGCUGCGUUCUUAGCUCUGGGCAGCUAUAGCUUCUACAAGCUAUGUAUGAAGGCCUUGUCGCCCUCUGGGUACACGGACCACUUGCUCAAUCACGACUCCGUGGGCGCGUUGAAUGGUCUAAGUCGAGGAGACAUUCCAGACAGGGAGUCGGACGCGUCCAAGUGGCUUUGCAACGUCUGCGCGUUUGCCAACGGCCGCGAAACCCUCGCGUGUGCGCUGUGUGAGACCAAACGAGGCACUAGUGUCGCUGCAAACACUAGUGUCACUGCGUCGGACAGCGACCACGGGCUUGCGUUUGUAUUACAUCCGAGUGAGUUCAGUCCCCUUCAACACAGCGCCGUAAUGCGAAAGGAAUGGAGGCGGGUGCUGGAUGCAGCCACCAACAGCAUGACGUGGGUCCGCACAACCAUCGCGCCGCCCGAGCUCGAGGCCCCCGCCGAGCGCUACUUCGUCGUGACGUCGACCUUGCCAUUCGACAUGACUGACGACGCAUUGUAUCCAGCCAAUUUUUUGAACGAGUUCGUUCAGGUGGUUGUGGAGGAAGGAGCGGUGGCCACACACUCCGAAUACAACGACCUCCCCGAAACCACGACCACGACCCUGAACCUAGACAUGGCUGCAAACAACUCAGUUUGCAUUGAACUGGGCUUUCAUCCAAUCGAGGACGUGGAACACGCCAGUCGGACGCUGAUGGGCACGAGAGUGUCGCCGUGGCUCACGCAGCAGCUCGUCGACCUAGCCGACCAGCCAUUCACGGCCAAAUACGUGGCCCUGCUGUCGCUUCUCAAAGCCAACAUUGACCACGGACAUGUGAAAUUUCGCGUUUAUCGACACCAUCUGUACGACGAGUCCAUGCACAUGCUCCAGAGUCUACAGCCAAACGUCCUCUGCACCCGAACACGCAUCGAGUUGCUCGGGGAAGCGGGCAUCGAUGCCGGUGGGUUGCAGCGAGAAUGGUACACGUUGUUCACGCAGGCUGUAUUUGAGCCGUCGGCGGGGCUAUUUGUGGCCACCGACUCGUACGGGUACACGCUCAACCCGUCGUCGACUUGUCGGUCGGAUUUGGAAAAGUUCCGCGCCGUGGGUCGGCUGCUGGCGCGAUCCAUCUUGGACGAGCAGGUGCUGCCGUUCCACUUGACGGUGCCGCUGUUCAAGAUGAUCCUGGGCACGCCGCUGUCUAUGACUGACAUGCUGUACAUGGACAAGCAGAUGUACACGAGUCUCAAGUUCGUCCAGUCGACAUUGGACGUGGACGGGCUGUGCCUCGACUUUAGCGUGACAGUGGAAGGCGGAAAUGUCGUCGAGUUGGUUCCGCAUGGCCAGAAUAUCAUGGUCACGGCCGCCAACCAGGCGGAAUACGUGCAGCGUAUGCUCCAGUACCUCUUGUUCGAUCGCAUCCAACUGCAGCUCCAGAGUUUGCUCACGGGGCUGUUUGAGUUGGCGAUUUCAUCAAUCCCCUAAAAUGUACGUAGUAGGCAAAUAUGACUGAACAGCACAAUUCGGAAUGAUUGUGUAGAUCCUGCCGCAGUAUUAUUUGAUCAUGUUUGACCAUAAAGAGCUCGAGCUGGUAUUGUGUGGCGUGACCGAGAUCGACGUAGCAGACUGGAAGCAGUUUACAGUCACGUCGAGCGUACUUCGUGAUUUUGAGUACCACAGCAUGAAAAUGUAUUGGUUUUGGGAUAUAUUGGAGAAUAUGGCGUCGCCUGAUCGAGCCAAGAUCCUGCAAUUCGCGACGGGGUCGACUCGAGUGCCUGUCCAAGGAAUAUUAUGUAUAUGCAGGUUUCAAAGGCCUCACGGGCAGCGACGGUGUACUGUGCCCGUUUUCGAUCAAGGCGAUUCCGUACGUACGUGGCGGCCUCCCAUUGGCCCAUUCGUGCUUCAACCGCAUUGACUUGCCCAUGUACCCGUCGCGAGAGUUGAUGGAACACGCGCUCAAGCAGAUUGUAGCCAUGGGGCCGAUCGAGUUUACCCUCAAAUAAUCGUAAUAUCAUAUGUUACGUGAUAACAAUCAACUAAUAUUAA